AAUCAUUUUUUUAAGUCUGUCAAACUGUGCGUACAGAUUAAAAGCCAAGACAAAUUCAGUCUUACACCGGCCUCUAACACGACAACAUACAAAUUUUUGUUAUUUACGUUUUUUGGACUUCAUUUACAAGAUUCUCACAACUUCGUCAUGUGUUGCGGACCUUGCUGUGGAACCUGUUACUACCCCUGCUGUAGUCCUUGCUUCAGUGGCCGCUGUUUCGGGCCGCGAUGCGGAUUUUAUAGUGGACCGUGUGGGCCUUGCUGCGGAGGCGGUUGCUGCAGUAGCUGCGGACCAUCAUGUUAACGUACCUAGAAUCUGGACAACUUAACAAAUGUAUUAUCGCGGCCCAUUAUACUUGAAAUGAAGAUCAAGUUCUAAUAAAGGUGUAUGACUUUUA